CAAUUAGUAGAGAAUAAAUGUGAUGGGGGCCAAUGGACCUGUUCACCCCCUAAAGAGUGUUGCAAGCAAGGGUGCUGUUACAUAUUCGCUCCGUCAAUUUUCAAAGGAUCCCCUUCUUCGAUUCAACAUGGAUCUGUGUUCAAUCCACUGUUUCUAGGACAUUGGUAUUUUUGGCUUGCUGUGACAGCUACAGUGGCGGGUAUCCUAUGCGCCUGCUCUCUUUGGAGAAAACAUAACCAAGGCGGUUUGUGCUGCAAAGAUGCAGGUCGCGAUGAGCGAGCUUCAGAACCUGACUCUAACUCUUGCUAUGCACCGCCACAAUAUAGUAGAUGUAAUAGUUUCUACCAGGCCCCACCACCUUAUACAGAGGUGACUGCAAAACCAGAUCUCUAUCCUUUGGUGAUCAGCUACAACGCAGAACCCGUGAUAAAAAGUAACAGUGGCUCUACUGGUUACGUGAUGGUUCAAUAUAUUAGAAAUUUCAUCAGCAGGCCCGUUGGUUCGAUAUCAGCCACUAGCACAGUAGAUUCUUUGAGUUCCAGCUUUUUGUGUAAUGCUGUUAACGAGGCCAACUCCAUGAUCCCCCCGCCAUAUUCAAAUAUGGGAAGCCUAGAAGAAGUCACAACAGAGAACCAGCUCCAAACUUCACAGCAAUCCGUUGGACAUUUGCAUGUAUCUCGCUCCGUCUCUUCUAAUUCGAACAGGGAAUAUCACCAGGUUCUUCAAAAUAGCCCUAGUCCUAGCCACAGCACACAUUCUCAAGGAGUUAUUCCACCACCUUUUACGCCCUCAACUCCAGCUCACCAAAUGCCUUCCUCAAAACAAAUGCAUCAGGUGGUUUCCAUUAGGGAUAACCCGUGUUUUGGUCAGAACACAACGAACAUUGAGAGUAGCUCUACAGUGCCAAAUGACAGAGAAAAUUUAAAAACAGGUAGUGUAGUCAGCAAUAGCCAAAAUAUCUGUGAUGCUUCGGCCGCCAUUAGACUAAGUACAAAAUUAUCCAAACAUAAACUUUCCAAAGACGACUCAGAGAGUCAAGACGAUGAUCAUAAUUUUUCAGACCUUCUCAACCUCUCGGUUUGUAUGCCUAGCAACUCAACGCAUCUUGAAAACCCCAAACGAGCUUCAACGCAUAUGCAGGAGCUUCAGUAUAGCGUAACAAACAGUAUAGGAUCUGACAUAAGCAGCCUAGCCAACCUAGGCUCUCCUGGUUCGCCACCGAGGGCAACGAGCCCCACGGUUGAGAUGAAAGAGUUGCUCGAUAAGAUUCAGCAACUGCCACAGCAAAAAAGCCCUGUGCAAGUACCGGAAUCGGGCCAUAAGGUGUGCAAGAAUUAUUUUCACAAGGUUCGAGCGAAGACUUUGUACAUGCCUCUGUGCGAUGAAAGUGCAGCCAAAGCGAAAAAAAGUUCCAGUGUUUUCUCAAAGAAUUGGAUGUCUCGCUCAGCUCCAUGCACACCUUGCGGUAAUUUUGUGCCUAAUUUCCCAAACAACCACAGAGGAAGUCAAAGAGGAAGUAAAACGAAAAUUACCGAUGGCAGCCCUUUAUUGAAGGAGCAAGCAGAAGAAUCUGAUAAUGAAGAAUGCAGGGAAGGAAGCUCAUGAUUGGCAUUACCUUUUGGAAAGAAACAUCCGAAUUAUUCUAAAAUUAUUUGGUUAGGUAACCUUCAGAAGAAAAACUGAUAGUUGUUAAACUCUCAAGUAAGACUAUUUCCAAUGGUUUAGAUUUUGCAAAUACUGUAAGAGAUGUUACUGUGAUAUGAAAUACUAUCUCUCUUACACAGUUUUGCUUGCACAAUUAUUGAUCAGAAGUUUCCAACAAUCAAAACUGUAACGGGUUCACUUGUUCAAUUUUCAAAGCAUUUUUACACUACAUCUCUGACAAUAAAAUUGGAAUAGUCUUUUGAAAA